GAUGAGGAGUGCUUUAAAUGGGCAAUUAUAGCUGCCAUACAUCACGAAGAGAUAGGUAUAAACCAUAUCGAUACAACUGGCAGGGCAUUGAGUUCCCCACAUCCAUUAAAAACAUCAUCAAAUUUGAAAGAAACAAUCCCGACAUUGCCGUGAACGUCUUGUAUGCAAGAGGGAAGAGCUUUAAUAUCCUGCGGCGAUCUACAUAUAAUGAGCGUGAGAAGCAGGCUAAUUUGCUACUAAUCACCGAUGAGAAGAGGAACCAUUACGUAGCCAUCAAAAAUCUCUCACGGCUAUUAGGUAGCGAGAUAUCGAAGUAUCAUGGGAAAAUGCAUUUCUGUCUAAAUUGUCUGCAGGGAUUUCAAACGGUGGAAUCAAGAGACAAUCAUUAUACCUACUGCAAAGACAACGAGACGGUAAAGAUCACGAUGCCAAGCGAGAAGGAAAAAUGGCUAUGCUACCAGGAUGGUCAGCAACAAUUCAAAGUCCCAUUCGUCAUCUAUGCAGACUUUGAAAGCUUGUCGAUACCUAUGAAAGAAAAUGCUCGGGAUACAAAAACUAAGAACCUAAACAAACAUGAACCAUGCGGUUGGUGUACGUAUUCCACUUUUGCAUAUGGAGAAGUGCCGCACCCGUUAACAGUAUAUAGAAACGAUGACUGCGUACCCCGCUUUGUCAACCACCUGGAAGAUGAGAAGCCUAUGAUGGAACUAACUGAGAUGCAGAAGAAUUCAUAUGAUUCUGCUGAAACAUGUCACAUAUGUAUGAAGCCGUUCAACGAUGAUCCGAAGAAUCGCAAAAUAAGAGACCACUGUCACUAUACAGGGCUGUAUCGAGGAGCAGCACACAACACCUAAUCACGUACCCGUAAUAUUCCACAAUUUAAGUGGCUAUGAUGCACACUUAUUCAUCCGUGAAUUAGGCGAAAAAUAUGAAACCCAGGAUAUAGGUUGCAUCGCGGAGAAUACGGAAAAAUAUAUCUCCUUCAACGUAAAUAUCAAAGUACCUAUUGCAGGUAUUGGGUAUGGUGAUGGUGAAACGUAUAAAAAGAUUGAAAUACGAUUCAUAGACAGCUGUCGAUUUAUGGCUUCAUCAUUAAAAAAAUUGGCAAGCAACCUCGAUGAUGCCCAAUGCAAACAUCUCCGUUGGUAUUUCACUGAUGAUGAUAUCUUUAAGCUCAUGCAAAGGAAGGGUGUAUAUC